CGCAAUAUUGGGUUAAUAGGUGGUCUGUAACCAAGGACUUGAAUGAUCAACCAAAGUCUGGUCACAAAAGAAUCACCACCAAAAAGCAAGAUCAAAGAAUAAUUAAGCUUGCAAAAAAAAAUGCUAACAUAACCGCUAUGCAAAUCUGUGAAGAUAUGAAGAAGUACUGCGUAGAAGUCAGUGAGUCCACAAUUCACCGUCGUCUGCGUGAAUCGG